CUUCCGGAACGAUUUCUCACGUUUUGUCUUUAUUUUGAAACGUAAAAUAAUGUAAUUUAGUAAAUUUCAACCAUCGGCAGGAUUAAGGCGAUGGUAUAUAAACAAAAUCUUUGAAACAUACAAGUGAUUUAUAUAUCUAUUACUGACAGCAUGUCAAGUAAAUCGAGAAAGCGAUCAGGAGAGAAAGAAGACUCCUCAUCAGAUGAAGAAUAUGUACCUUACAUUCCAAUUAAACAAAGAAAGAAGAUGCAGAUCCAGGAGGCUGAGAAAAGAUUGGGAAAAGUAAAACCCAAGGAAGAAGAGAAAUCAGAAAGUAGUGAUGCCCCUGAAGAGGAAGAUCCAGGACCUAAGGCUCAUGUCAGCUUACUGGAUCAGCACAGUGAACUCAAGAAAAAAGCACAAGUUAGAAAAGAAACAGCUAGAGAAAAGAUGCUGAAAGAAGAACAGAAGAUUUUAGAAAGUGUUGCUGAGAACAAAGCUUUGAUGGGUGUGGCUGAGUUAGCUAAGGGUAUUCAGUAUGAAGACCCAAUAAAGACAGGCUGGACUCCACCCAGUUAUAUCUUACACAGAUCUGAACAUAAACAUGAAGAGCUGCGGAAGAAAUACCACAUUCUUGUGGAAGGUGAGGACUUGCCACCUCCAAUUAAAUACUUCAAGGAAAUGAAAUUUCCAAGAGCCAUAUUAAAUGCAAUGAAGCAUAAAGGCAUAACUAAACCUACACCUAUACAGAUACAAGGCAUUCCAGCAGUGCUGUUGGGUAGAGAUAUGAUUGGUAUUGCCUUUACUGGGUCAGGAAAAACUAUGGUAUUUAUACUGCCCAUUAUUAUGUUUUCUCUGGAACAAGAAAAAAGACUUCCAUUUAUAGAUGGUGAAGGACCAUAUGGAUUGAUUAUUUGUCCUUCUAGAGAAUUAGCCAAGCAGACUAGUGAAUUGGUAACUCAUUAUUGUAAGGCUUUGUCAGCAGACGGCUUCCCAGAAUUAAAAUGUGGUUUGUGUAUUGGUGGAGUUCCUAUAAAUGAUCAACUCAGUAUUAUUAAAAGAGGAGUCCAUAUUGUAGUGGCGACCCCUGGUAGAUUAAUGUUAAUGUUAGAUAAGAAGAUGAUGACGUUAGAUGUGUGUAGAUACUUAGUGAUGGAUGAGGCUGACAGAAUGAUUGACUUAGGAUUCGAAGAAGAUGUUAGAACAAUCUUCUCUUAUUUCAAGGGACAAAGACAGACUUUGCUGUUCUCAGCUACUAUGCCUAAGAAGAUCCAGAACUUUGCUAGGAGUGCUCUAGUAAAACCUGUGACAGUUAAUGUAGGCAGAGCUGGUGCUGCUAGUCAGAAUAUCAUACAGGAAGUAGAAUACGUCAAACAGGAAGCCAAAAUCUGUUAUAUCCUGGAAUGUCUACAGAAAACAUCACCACCUGUGUUGGUGUUUGCUGAACGCAAACAAGACGUAGAUGCCAUUCAUGAGUAUUUGUUACUGAAAGGAGUAGAAGCUGUAGCUAUCCAUGGUGGAAAAGACCAAGAAGAGAGAUCUCGAUCUGUAGAUCAGUUCAAGAAGUUUGAGAAGGAUGUACUUGUAGCCACAGAUGUAGCUUCUAAAGGAUUAGAUUUCCCGGAGAUUCAACAUGUUAUCAAUUAUGAUAUGCCAGAAGAUAUAGAAAAUUAUGUUCACAGAAUAGGAAGAACAGGAAGAUGUGGUAAAACAGGAAUAGCAACAACAUUUAUUAAUAAAGCUGUUGAGGAAUCAGUAUUGUUAGAUUUGAAACACUUAUUGAUUGAAGCAAAACAAAAAGUGCCACUAUUCUUAGCAAAUAUGGAGUCUGAAAAUGAGAAAUUUCUGGAUAUUGGAGGUGAAGUUGGUUGUUCAUACUGUGGAGGUCUUGGUCAUCGUAUUACAGAUUGUCCUAAACUGGAGGCCUUACAGACCAAACAGGCACAGGGUAUUGGUCGCCGUGACUACCUCGCAACAGGAAGUGCUGAUUACUGAGCACAAACUUUUCAAGAAACAUCACAAUGGAGAUUUUUUUCCCAUACAGAUAUUUUGAAUCACAAGAAAAGUUUUGUUGUCAUUCAACAUUUGUUAGAAUAUUUAUUACAUUGAUGUAAAAGUUAGUAAAACAGAGAUGUAAAGUCCUGAGUUUAAAGGAUACAUUCUACGUAUUAUAAAAUAGGUGAGAGGGAUGAAUUACAAGAAAUUAUUUUCUAAUAUCUUAACAUGGAAACAAGAAGAUACAAAAUGCAUGGAAAUCUGAUUAUAAAUUGUCAGAGUUAAAACAAGCAACUCUAAAUUAAUUAAUCUUAAAAGAUAUAAACAAUACUUAAACAUUAUUGAAAGUUCAGUAAAACUUACAAUCAAUUUUAGUUAUAUGACAUUUAGUUUUAGGAAAAGAGCAUCAGGGUUUGAACUUAUAUGAUUGCCUAAGGUUGGAAACAUUUGAUAUACCUUGAUGGUUAUUACAAAAGGACUAGAUACUUGAAUUUUGUAUUCUGUUUCUUUUAGCUUUUAAUUUAUAAAAUGAUCUACACAGCAACAUGUUUUUUUUUUAUAUUAGCAACGACUCAAAUCUUCUUGUGCAGACAAAGCUUUAGUGGUACAUGUUUUCAUUUAAUGUCAUUGCAUUGCCAUAUUAUCAGUUUAUUAAAAAUUGAGAUAAACUCGGGUCUCAAAAAAAUUAUCUUUAAAAAUUAUUUUUAUAAUAUUAGGUUAGUAGAUAUAUAUUUAUUUAGAUGUGGUAUGAAUGCCAAUGAGACAACUAUCCAUCCAGGUCACAAUUUGUGAAUACCUAACCAUUAUAAGUCAAAGUAUGGAACUCUUUUUUAUUUGAAAAACCAUUUAUAGUA